UCGCCAUUUCACAAACAGCCAAACUACAAGAGACUGUGGUGUUAUGGUAAUUUAUGUGGUACACAGUCGUAAACAAUGUUUAUCGCAAACUUAACGGUAUAAUUUACAAAACAAACGUUGUAAGCUGACAUUCACGCACAACAGCCAUAACGGAGGAGGUGAACAGAACGGCGGGCCACGUGAUGUGACGUCACAGGGCGAAGGUGUACACACACACUUGUUCACGAUAGUUGAAGCAUUGUGAUGAUAUUGGCUAUUUCAUGGAGCGUUGGGAUUAUUGAAAAUCGGUGAUACUUUUGUGGAAUAAUGGAUGUCUUAAGCGAAGACCAAGCAUUACAGGCUGUUCUUGGUCGAGACCUAGGUAUAGACAAUGAAGCUCUGGACUUCCAACAGUUGGAAGACUUCAUCACCAAUGGAGAAAUGUGCCUCCCAGAGGAGGCAAUUCAAGCGGUGGCCUAUGGAACAGGUCGACCCGACCAGUCAGGGAUGAGUGACCUGAAGCUGAAUGUUCGACUCACAUCGCAUCUGAACCCUCAGCCCCAGACCACACAUGCUCAGAGCAUGUACUGCAGCGUGCCCAACACACGCGUCAACUUCGACCCCACGCAACACCAUGUAUAUAAACAUCACACAUCUCUGCCAGACAGCCCUCCAGACUCCGGGUCUGAGCCAUAUUCUCCCCCAGAUGGGAACCAGCACAAUAUGCAAGACCCCAAGCCACACUCGAUGGUUCCAGUGACCACAAUACCCGGCCCGAUGUACCCCCAACACAGAACUCACAUCCAGAUGCCAGGGAAGGGACCACCCCCAGGACCACCCCCGGGGCACUUACCAGGCUACAUGCACGAGCCCCCCAAGCUUAACCACCUGCCCCAAACACAGCCGCCGCCCACACCUCAUCCCCACCCCCACCAGAUGACACCACCUCAUAGCCACCAGAUACUGAACCCCCACUUUGGCAGCAUAAGCAACCUUCAAGGCCAGCCUACGAAGAAGCGCAAGUACCCUGACUCCCCCAACAACACAAUGAUGACCAACAUGCUCAACGGCAUGAACAGUAUUGUCAGCAUCAAGCAGGAACCAGCAGGCCUGGACCCUCCCGAUCUAUUUAUGAGGAAUUCAUGUCCUCUCCCAGGCCAGUCACCAUUCCCUGGUUACGCAGUGCCAGACUGCAGCGGGGACGACGACUACUCCUACGACAUUGAUGGCAGCUUCACCGACAGUACAUAUCAAGUUAUUAAAUGGCAGCCUUAUAACCAACAGAAGUAUAGUGUGUUGACAGAUGGAGAACUCAAGGACAUUCCAACACCAUCAUAUCGUGUCGACGCAGACAAAGGGUUUAACUUCUCGGUGCCAGAUGACGCCUUUGUCUGCCAGAAGAAAAAUCACUUCCAGGUUACAGUUCACAUUGGAUCCCUAGCAGACACUAAAUAUGUCCGAACAACAGAAGGAGUGAAAAAGAUAGAAAGCUUUCAUCUGCAUUUUCAUGGUAUUAAGAUGGAGUCAGCAUCACAAGUCAUCAAGAUAGAGCAGUCACAGUCGGACAGAAGUAAGAAGUCCUUCUACCCUGUCAAAGUUGAUGUGCACUCUGAUCAGGUUACCAAGGUUACCGUUGGUCGGCUGCACUUUAGUGAGACCACAUCCAAUAACAUGCGCAAGAAGGGCAAGCCUAACCCGGACCAGCGCUAUUUCAUGUUGGUGGUGGCACUUCAGGCCCACAGUGGGGAUAACAGCUACCUGGUCGCAGCCAGCAGCUCCGAGAGGAUCAUUGUCAGGCACUUUUCUUUGCAGGCAUCCAACCCUGGCCAGUUUGACAGUGAUGUGGACGUAUUGUGGUCAAAGGGACACACCCAGGACUCUGUGUUCCACGUCGGCAGAGUUGGCGUCAACACUGACCACCCGGACGAAGCCAUGACCGUCCACGGCAACCUUAAACUGACCGGUCACCUCAUGUCACCAUCAGAUAUUCGGGCCAAAGAAAAUCUGCAGGAGGUGAAUACGAAGGAGGCGCUACAGAAGGUCCAGCAGCUCCGCCUCUACAAGUACCAGUACAGCCAGGACUACGCCGAGAGUGCCGGCAUCGAGGACAACCAGCGCACCGACACCGGCGUCAUCGCGCAGGAGAUGAUGGAGGUGUUGCCAGACGCCGUCCAGGAGACUGGGGAUGUCAUACUGCCAAACGGUCAGCGCAUCGAGAACUUCUUGGUUGUAAGAAAGGACCGGUUGUUUAUGGAAAACGUUGGAGCCGUGAAGGAGCUGUGCAAGCUGACGGACAACUUGGAGAACAGGAUUGAUGAACUCGAGGUCAUGAACAAGAAGCUUGCCAAACUGAAGCGAUUUGAUAGCCUCAAGUCCAACAUGAGUUUGAAGUCUGUGUCCAGUGUUAGUACCGUUAGCAGUAGUGCGCCACCAAAGAAAUCACACUCAUAUCACCAUGGCAACAGUAAGCCUGGGCACAAGCACAGCCGCCACCAGGUGCCGCCUCCCAGCAGAGUGAAGUCGCUGUGCAGCAACCGAUUCAUCCAAAUCACCAUCAUCAUCCUCAUCCUCAUCAUGGCAUUUUGUCUGGUAGCAAUCACCACACUGUACAUCUUAGAGCGGCGGAAUACCCAGGAACUCUCCAAGGGCUCAUCGGUAGUUGCUGCAUCACAGGGGACGACGUUACCAAAAAUAAAUACAACAGCGCUGCCUAUGAUGACAUCAACUACACUCCCUCCACGGCGCGAUCAUACCACACCUAAACUCCGACCAGAACCUCCCACAACUACAGUUCCCCACUCUGUGACGACGAUGACAAUUCCAGCCUACCCUGUUUGUACUGAGUGUGAGCCUCGCUGCUGUUCCCCGCCCCAGGAGGACGAGCCGAACCCACAUCAACACAAGAAUCCUGUUCCACACUCCAAUGUUGUGACUCAGAAGACUACUCCCCACUACAACACGUUCACAAUCGACAUUCCCAAUGAAUCGCAAAACACCCCAAUCGUCAUCAACAACGAUGGCUACCAUGUCAUCAACAAUGAUGACAACAACAUCCAUCACUACUACAGGAAGAAAAGAAAUACUGUUCCCGAAGACCUUUUGCGACCCCAGAUUGUUAUCAAACAACUUAACUUCACAAUCGGCCCUGAGUAUUGCAGGGUGCAAGGGGCCUGUGAAGGUCGCAAUAAUUCCUACCUGGCCAAGGUCAGCCGCUUCUUCGGUUCCAUGCCCGUCACCAUUCAAUUCAAGACGGACCGACCUGUUCUGGUUGCCUUCUGCAAUGACUCCUUCACCCCAUCAUGUCUUGAAGCCAGCUCCGGUAGGGUCUCGGAUAAGGGAUACAAACUUACGAGCACAAAUGCUGAGUUUGACCUGACCAUCGGUCUCCAUUACACAAGCACCUACAAGUUCAGAAUCAGCCCUGACAAUAAUCUAAACAUCUGUUCUCUGACUGCAAACAACCCAGAUGUGUAUGAAUAUAACUUGACAUUCAAGAGACAACUAUGCGCCGAGAAUCAAGAAAGUUAAAGGUUGUAUAUAACGAUGUGCGUUGUGCACACAGCAGUAACACUGUCGUCAGUGUUCCAGACACACCUGGAUAAACUCUGUCCAGGACACUCAGGGUUCAUCUUGCUAGGACUUAGAUCCACACAAGGAUCUGUUACUGAACCAUGGAUCCGUUACUUAGACAUAGAUCUGGCAUUGUUACAUGAAUCCGGCAUUGUCAUAAGGAUCCAACUGAGAAACGUGGAUCCAUUAUUAAGACAAGGCUUCAAGAUGAAGUGGAUCCAUGGAUACAUUGUUGAUACAUGGAGCCUGUAUGAAGAUGGGGAGCCAGUGCCAGUUUUCAGGGAGUGUUUAAACGGCUGUAAAUACAGCUCAGACUUCAUCAUGUUUGACGUCAUUGUUUACAAUAUAUGAAAGGCUUUCGAUUACUGUAAUGUGUGUAUUCAUUUAGUAUGUCACCACACUUAGUUAGAAACAACCUACAUCCAGAUCAAGCACCCAAAUACUAGAGCAAUGCCAAAACAUAUAUCAAGAUAAUUUCAAAAUGGAAUCCUUUCCUUACAGGGGAGCCUUAUAAUUCACAAUUUGUCCGUUUUCCGGCACUUACAUCAAUUUGUAUUUUGUAUAUAUAACAGCAUACAUACAUGUAUUUAGAUAUUCAUGACUGUCAACAAUCUCAUUGUUUUGCUGUCUUUGUGUAACGAUGUGUAUUGCGGUUCUUUGUACAAAUAUGUGUUUAGUAAUUCUCUGUGCAACAAUGUGCUACAAUGUAUAAGGUUUCACCUCAUCGUGUGCUAUUUCCAUAUAUAAACCACUCCCAGACCCUGAUUGUAGGAUGUGCAUUGGUGAGUAUUUAUCACGGUGAAUAUUUUGCCAAGGAGGGAGUUAUAGUCUUGUGAAUGUUGAAUUUGUUUUUUUUGUUAUGUUAUGAAUAGCAAUAUUUGUGAUCUCCUUUUGUGUAUAAAUCUUUCAACUUUGUUAUCUGUAUCAUCACAUAUAAACUGCUUUUAUGGCCACAUAUUAGGGUGUAGUCUCGGGAACAAUGGAUGGGAUGUAGUUAUUCUUACACAUGUUUUUGGCUAGGUACCGAACACAACCAUCUCAUUCCAUUACAGUUUGCGUCAAAGUAUUUUUACAAAUAUUGGAAAAUAAUUUCUUCAUGGACAAAUUGUCGUGUUUGUAAAUAUCCCGUUAUCCAUGAUGCUUGUUUCUACUGAUGUCACAACUGCAUGAUGUUUCUCAUGUAAUCAUUGUCCACGGAAGGUUUAAGAUAUUUUAGAUACUUGUCCCUCCUUUGUACGCAUGGGUGGAUACAGAGGGGGGGGGUGCACAAACCCCCUUUUUAUUUCGAAAAAAAUCUUUAUUUCUGUAUAAAUUACCACCAAAGACAAUAAAUAGAUCUUAAUUGUGCACCCCCCCUUUUCAAAAAAGAUGUAUCCACCUAUGGUACGUAUAAAGAUUUGAACAUUUCUUGCUUCCCUGAUGCUGUCAUAGUCAUUAUAUAUGUAUAAACUGCAUAAAAUAAAUUUCAUGUUUUCUUGUAAAUUUUCAGUAUAUGCCAAAAUGUGUGCAAUUCAUAUUUUCAUAUUGCAUCAUAGCAGAGUUGGGGGUAGUAGCAGGUUAGGAAUAAAAUAUUUCACUUUCUAUAUUAACAAUAGUUUAAGAAUAUUACAAUAAACUUGCCAAAGUAUGGAAUAAAAACAUCCGAAAAUAAAUUUUAUCAAAUAAAACAUCUAUUGCUGAUAGUUGUCUAGAAGAUAGUAUCAGUCAUUUUGUCAACGAGUGUAUGAAUACCAUAAGAUGUCUUAUUAUAAUCAUAAUAUUUUGGUCAAGUUGAAUCAAUUCUAUUCAAUUAAAUUGUGGUACAUUGUGAAGAAUAUUUCCUCAAUCACAUUCCUGAUAAGAUUUACAUGUUAUAAAUUUUAAAUUUUUAAACAGAUUUCAUUCCAAAGUACAACAAUGUCAAGUUGUAAUACAAAUUGUGAUAUUAUUUUUGUAUUUCAAUUAGUGAAUCCUGUCUAUUGAUAUAGUUAUUGUUAAUCAUUUGAUUUGUGAAUUUCAAACUGUAAAUAGCCAUAUUAUGUCUUACCAAAUGGCAUCUUAUCCCUGGUGUUAUGCUAGUACAUUGUAUUCCUUCAUUAGGAAUAUUGUGUUGUAUAUAUUCAUUUAUCACAUAGCAAGAUGUAGCUCAGUCUGAAUCUCAUGAACAUUGGAAAUCAAAUGGUAUUAAUGACAUACACAAAACUACUAAUGACUAGCAUUGCAUUUCUUUACUAAAAAAUGAUCCACUCUUUGGCAAAGCAACUGCCUAAUAAAAAAUUUAAGACAGUUUGUCGUAAUUCUUGACUGCAAUAAUCUUGAGAUUAAGACCCGAAUUAGUAAAUAUACUGAAGAAAAAAAGUUAGGGAUCAUAAAUAUAUUUUGGAUAUUUUUAUGUGCUUAGUCUUCACAACGACAAAAAUAUCCCAAAAAAUAUUCAUGAAAUAUAUGAUCCCUUACUUGUUUUUGUUCAGUGUACAUAAAGUUAGACUCAACAGAUACUCCCAGAGAGAAAUAAGCAUAUUUUGUUUAUUGCAACAUUGUAGGUACAAAUACUCUUUAUUAUGACGUUUUCCCUAUGUUGAGAUUAUGUUUUUUACGGAAACAAACUGGCGGAAAGAACAAAGCGAUGUUGAUCAUUUUUUUUGUUUCAUUUGUUAUAACAUGGUUCUCUGUAUUGUCUUUAUUUAUUGUAAAGACUCAAGACUCAAGACUCGAAAUUAUGUUUGGAAAUUCACUGUUGGUACGAGUGUGUUUAAAUUUGAAUGAAGUCAUGAAAAUGCUAAUGUGAUUCAGAGUACAAGUUAAACAUUAUGUUGGUAAAUGUUAUUUUUCAAAUAUUAGAAUAAUUCCAUUUAUAUAAUAUUGAAAUAUGUGUGCAAGUUGUUUACAGUUAACAUGUGUACAUAAAUAAUGUUUAUUUUAAGUUGUAUUAUGACAGAUUAUGAAUCAUGAUCAUUUCAAUAAUUGUAGUUUUAUGUGGAAAUUGGGAAUAAUUUCAUAUUAUUUACAGACAGUGACUGAUACAUAAUGCUGCACAACCUUUGAUAAGGAUAUUCUCAGUGGCUACGUGGCCAUGGUGAAGUUUUGCUUGGAGUGGUCACACGAAUAGUAUUUAGAACUGACAAAUUUCAGCAUCAUUUCAGCAGAUUCUGUAGAUCAUGGUAAAAAUAAACAGCGUUUCUGUAAAUUGAUGUUCUCUGAGUUUUGUAAUGGUUUGAAAUAUGCAAUAGCCUUAUCAGAUGUUGAGAAGUAUAUUUCAAACAUUUUGUCUCUUCAGUGACAGCUCUGUUAAUAUAUCAAUGAUCAACCGACUUAGAAAUACAAUGUGCAUUCAUCACUUUGUAUCUCAUGCUUUCUUCAAUACUCAGUCUUAUACAUGUUGUAUUCUUUAACCAUUAUUGGGAGCAUUUGUAUUUGAAAUUUGUGUAUAUAUUUCAAAUUCUCAAGUCCAAGAUGCUGAAGAAAAUGCACGUUUAAUUUUUUUAAUGAGAAGUUUUUGCGAAGUUUAGUCCACACCACCUGAUUAAGUCCUGUUACUUAUGUUAUCUUUUAUUAUCAGACAUUAUUGAGAAAUUUCUUAACCAAUUGAAAAAUUUGAUUCCGUCAGUGGUAAAUAUUUGUCUGAGAAUGCAAUCGGCUCAGAGAGAAAAUAUGUGAAAAUGUUCAUCAGAUGUUCUCACGUAAAUGUCAAGUAGUCCUUCAAGGAAGAUCUUUUUACACCUCUGCUUAUGUAGUCAGAUAAUUUGUCAUUGGUCGUUUCUACGCAUUCCUGUGUUACCAAGGUACAUUUUUCGACUGCUUUUUGUGCUCUUUGCAGAUGAAUAUCAAAACACAGCAGUUAUUUGUCAUCUUCAGUGUAAAAAAGCAACACCAUUCCACAUUUUCAUAAAUACAACACAUUCCAAAUGAAUAAGAUGUGUGUGUACAUAGAACAAAGAAUGGCUGCUACUCGUCUGAUACAGAGUUGUCUCCCUUUGUACAUGCAUUCUGUACCCAGUGACACGACCCCAAUAAACAUGUCUUAAAAUCA